UCAUGGAAACAGUUUACACGGAACUACUUUCGGAAGUUCACUUGUCAAUUUGAUCUGUCGGAUUUACCGGCAAGUUUAAAGAUACGGCCACUGUAUUUUAGUUGCAGUAUUUAAUUUAUUUAAUUUUUCUAGACUUGUUGAUUUAAAAUAUUUUAUUACAUGGAAUACAGUGACACAGUAGGAUAAGUGAUUAUUCUAUUAUUUGCUUCUUCUAAAUUAUCGAUUGGCCUUCGUCGAACUGACCGCAAGAGGGAAUAAUCUGUUGCUCAUUGUGUUCGAGGAUAUUUCGAUUUCUAAAUGUUUAAUCGAGACAGAGAACAAGGUAGAGGACGUCGUGGUAUCAGUGGCCGUGGAAAUAGUAGAGGAGGUGGUGAUAACAUUCGUGGAAAUAACAUGAAUAGAUUUGGUGGACGUGGUAGAGGAAUUAAUAAUAGUAUUCGUGGUGGAAUAAAAGGCAAACAGCCUGGAGGAGCACUUAGAAAAAUCACUUGGGACAUAAGGUCUUUAGAACCCUUGCGUAAAGAUUUCUAUGUUGAACAUCCUUCAGUUAGAAAUAGAUCCAAAGAAGAAGUAAGUAAAUUUCGUGAAAAUGCUGAAAUAACUGUGAAAGGUGAUGAUGUUCCUAAUCCCAUUCAGUAUUUUGAAGAAGGAAAUUUUCCACCUUAUGUAUUAGAAGUAAUACAUAAACAGGGUUACUCUCAGCCUACGCCAAUUCAAGCACAAGGAUGGCCUAUUGCACUUAGUGGAAAAGAUCUAGUUGCUAUUGCUCAAACUGGUUCUGGAAAAACUCUUGGAUAUAUAUUACCAGCAAUUGUGCACAUUAUACAUCAACCACGACUUAGUGCUGGUGAUGGUCCAAUUGCUUUGAUCUUAGCCCCUACAAGAGAAUUAGCACAACAAAUUCAGGAAGUAGCUAAUUCUUUUGGUGAGUCAGCAGGUGUAAGAAACACUUGUAUCUUUGGUGGUGCACCUAAGGGACCGCAGGCUCAUGACUUAGAACGGGGUGUUGAAAUAUGCAUUGCUACACCAGGCAGACUCAUUGAUUUUUUGGAAAGAGGAACAACAAAUUUACGCAGAUGUACAUACUUAGUACUAGAUGAAGCUGAUAGAAUGUUGGAUAUGGGUUUUGAACCACAAAUUAAAAAAAUAAUUGAACAAAUACGACCUGAUAGACAAGUUUUAAUGUGGUCAGCCACAUGGCCCAAAGAGGUUCGGGCUUUAGCAGAAGACUUUUUGACUGAUUACACACAUCUUAAUAUUGGUUCUUUGACCUUGUCUGCCAAUCAUAACAUUAUUCAAAUAAUUGAUGUUUGUCAAGAGUUUGAAAAAGACUUGAAACUGUAUAGAUUGCUUCAAGAAAUUGGAAAUGAAAAGGAAAACAAGACAAUCAUUUUUGUUGAAACAAAACGAAAAGUAGAUGAUAUUACAAGGAAUAUCAGACGGGAUGGAUGGCAAGCUUUAAGUAUCCAUGGUGAUAAAAAUCAACAAGAAAGGGAUCAUGUAUUACAAGAAUUUAAAAGUGGAAGAGCUCCCAUUUUAGUUGCAACAGAUGUAGCUGCUAGAGGUUUAGAUGUGGAUGAUGUCAAAUAUGUAAUAAAUUUUGAUUAUCCAUCAUCGUCAGAAGAUUACAUACACAGAAUUGGUCGUACUGGUCGAAGAAGGCAGACUGGAACUGCUUAUGCAUUCUUCACAAGCCAUAAUAUGAAACAUGCUGGAGAUUUAAUAGAAGUACUAAAGGAAGCAGGACAAAACAUAAAUCCUCGACUCACUGAAAUGGCAGAAUUGGCAAAAUCGGGAAAUUAUGGAAGCAGAAGUGGUAAACGAUUUAUGGGAAGUGAUAGAAAUAAUAGUAGAAGAGGAAAUAGUGAUAACAGAGGAAGAGGAGGUCCUUCAAGAGGAAGAGGUGGUAGUAACGCUCGUGGCGGAAAUACUUAUCAAUCUGUUUCAAGCAGUUAUUCUGGUUCAGACUAUGGCAGCUAUAAUAAUAUGAAGCAAAGUAAUUCAGUUAAUCAGAACUCAGGAUAUGGAUACAGUACACAAAGAUCAUAUGGGCAAAAUAAUUUAGCACCGAGUUAUGGAGGUGGAGACAAUUAUGGAAGUACUUAUCAGUAUAGAGGCGUAACAUAUUAAAAUGGUAUUAAUAGUAUUAAACAAAUGAAUUUUUAUUAAACAGUGUUAAUAGUAUCAUAUUUAAUUCGAGUUUUGUUAGAAUGAAGAUAUAAUAAAGCAAUUAAAAAUGCACAAAGAAGAACUAGAUACCAAAGAAAA